GUGCGGAUGCAGUUGCGAACGGUUUCGGGUUGGGUAUGUCUGCUGACGGGACGAUGAGGAAUGCGGAUUUCGUGGUCUUCUGGACGGAGGGAAACUCAGUCAACGCCGUGGAUUCGUGGACAGAUGACCGUGGACGUUUUCACACGGACAGGAGUCAGGACUAUCGUCUGAUUGACUCCACCGCCAACGGUCAGAAAGUUAGCGUCACAUUCAGUCGCCGAUUCGACACCUGCGACGACCACGACUACCUUAUUGACUCGGGAACAACCAACCUGUUGUACAUCCUACCAGAGGAAGAUAUCACUGCUGUGUCGGAUCUGAAUCUGGGCGACAUGCGCAUGCGUGUUGGAACCAAACGGCUGCAACUGUUGAAGAGCGAUGUCGUCACUCCUCCACUUCCGCCGGACGUGACGUCAUUCGACAUCCGGGUGAAUCAGGCAAAAAUCCCAGCAAAAGAAACGACCUAUUGGUGCAGAACACAGCAACUCCCGACACUCCCAAAGAAGGUUCACAUAUUGCAGUACGAACCCAUCAUUACCCCUGGGAACGAGGAGGCAGUACAUCACAUGACCGUGUUCCUGUGUGGGAACGACGUGAGUGGUACCGCGGUGUAUGACGGUCCGUGUGUGGGGGAGGAGGAACGGAAGGAACUCAAGACCUGUAAACACGUCAUCGCUGCGUGGGCCAUGGGCGCACAGGCAUUCGCCUACCCAGAGGAAGCUGGAAUCCCCCUGGGCGGUCCGGGGUCUUCCACCAUUGCCAUGAUAGAAAUCCACUACAACAACCCACAACGGAGAAACGACAUUGUGGACAGCUCGGGCGUCAGAUUCCACUACACGCCGACGUUGCGACGUCACGACGCAGGGAUCAUGGAGCUGGGGCUACGUUACCUGCCGUCCAUGGCGAUACCUCCACGUCAGGACGGUUACGUCAUCACCGGGUACUGCCCAGCACAAUGCACCACCAAGGGCCUCCCUGCAGGUGGCAUCCAGGUGUUCGCCUCGCAGCUGCACACGCACCUGGCAGGGACAGCUGUGUGGACUAAGCACGUGAGAGGCGGAGUGGAACUGCCUGAGCUGAACAGAGACAACCACUACAGCACCAUGUUUGAGGAGAUACGACUAUUACGGCGAAAGGUAACGGUACUCCCGGGGGAUGUCCUGAUGACCAGUUGUAAAUACAACACGACAAAUCGCCGCAGCGUUACUCUGGGAGGGUACGGUAUCCAUGACGAGAUGUGUCUGAACUACAUCCACUACUACCCCGCCUCACAGCUACAGGCCUGUAAGAGUGUGGCCGCUGCCUCGGCUUUGGACAGGUUCUUCGACGUGGUGUACAGUCUGUUUGGAGCGUCAAACAGGCAGCAAAACGUUGCAGACGAUUUUUUUCACCUGCCCUGGAACCCCUUGACGACGGCUUACCUGACGUCACUCUACCGACAUGGACCAAUAGACGUCAUGUGUCAGAAAACUACCGGCGCCAUCUUUGAGGGGGAGUGGACUAACUUAGAACAGCCACACAUCCGGAAGCCCCAGAAUCCUCAGCGGAAGUGUCAAGCAUGA